CCUCAACUGGAGUAAAGGUGUAGAGGUAGUCUAUAUUUUCUGGCAUGUAGGAGCUGAAGUGUGUUCAUAGAGAGAGUUGUACAAAACAGGGUAAGGAAGAGGACAGAUUAUUUACCACAGACAUGGGAGUUCAGAUGAAGCCUUUAAUGCUGGGCGCUGCAUUUGCUGCUGUUUCCUGUACAACCAUCAUCGCUCUGAUUCUCUCUCUUGCUAAUCAUCAGACUUUGGAUCAGCCAUACUCAACACAGUACGGGAUUGUGUUUGAUGCCGGCUCCACUCACACCACCCUCUUCCUGUACCAGUGGCUUGGGAGCAAAGAGAAUAAUACAGGAAUAGUCUCUCAGAGUCAGAGCUGUGAUGUGGAUGGUGAUGGCAUAUCCAGCUAUGUCCAGAACCCCCCAGGUGCUGGAGAAAGUCUUAAGAAAUGCUUGGACUUUGCCAAGUCAUCAAUACCAUCAGGAAAGCAGAGGGCCACACCUGUGUAUAUAGGUGCCACUGCAGGCAUGCGGCUUCUUAGCUUACAGAACCAAAGUCAAGCAGACAUUAUUCUUGCUGAGGUCGCCAAAACUAUCCGAAGCUAUCCUUUUGAUUUCCGAGGGGCCAGAAUACUUACUGGCAUGGAGGAGGGGGCUUAUGGCUGGAUCACAGUCAACUACCUCUUUGAGAGCUUUAUCAAGCAUACUUUUGAGGGAAAGUGGGUCCACCCUAAAGCAGGACGGAUCCUUGGAGCUCUAGAUCUGGGUGGCGCAUCAACACAGAUCUCAUUCUCCCCUAAAGACCCAGUGAGAGUCCCAGAAUCAGCUUUUAAUCUCCAGCUCUAUGGCUAUAAGUAUGAAGUGUACACACACAGCUACCAGUGCUAUGGCAAAGACCAGGCAAUGAAGAAGCUUCAGGCCUGGCUUCACAAGAAUGCUGGUGCAUCAUCGGUUGUCAAUCAUCCAUGCUAUCACCAAGGAUAUAACUUCACUCUUACGUUGGCUGAAAUUUACAACUCCCCUUGUGUGGUCACACCAAACAAUUUGAACUCUACUGCUAAGAUCACCUUCCUAGGAAUCAGCAAUUCUUCCCUCUGUCUUUCUCUAAUGGAGAAAAUUGUUAACCUAACCAACUGCACCUUUUCUCCAGACUGUGGUAUAGAUGGGGUCUAUCAGCCUCCUGUUAAUGGCGAAUUCUUUGCUUUCUCAGCAUACUUCUACACCUUUAACUUCCUUGGUCUUGCCCCAAAAGCUCCACUAAACCUGGUUCUUUCUACUAUUGACAGUCAUUGCAACAAAACCUGGAAAACUCUUGUUGCCCAAAAUCCAAGCAUUAAGGCAAAAUAUCUGAGAGAUUAUUGUGCUUCUGCUCAUUAUAUCAUGACUAUUCUCCUGAAAGGACUCAAGUUCAGUAACAUCUGGGAUCAAAUCUCUUUUGAAGAAAAGGUUGCAGACACAGAUGUUGGUUGGACACUGGGCUACAUGUUGAACCUGACCAAUCUGAUUCCUUCCGAACGGUCCAGAGCAAUAACAGGGGUGACGCAUAGUCAAUGGGCUGCUCAGACUUUCUUUAUCGUCUGUGCCCUCUUCCUCAGUCUACUUAUUAUAAUCAUCCUGUUUCUCCAUGAUCCAAAGCAUUAAGGUCUGUGUCAUCACGUGUGUGUGUGCGUGUGUGUGUGCUUACCUAAACGUUUUCCUGUGAUAUUUCAGACACCAGACAGAGAGAUCUCUUCACCGACAGCUCUUUUGACUUUUGUUUGUAAUGUAAUGUAAUAUGUGAUGUUUUCUACACAAAAAGCUCACAAUAAGAGUAGUUCUGAAGAAAGCAUAAUGAGAUUUAUUUUUUACUUGUUUUUCUUCCAUUCUGUAGCAUUUAUUGCACAAUAUAGACUUCUAUGGUAGAAUUACAUUUAAACGUGGGUUAAGUAGUAAGUUAUUUAUUGUGUUUUUUUUAACAUUGACUAGACAUACCUCACUGAUUAAGUCUGUAUUAACUAAUAAUCUAUGCAGUUAUGUUACUUAGGUUUUUGCCAUUCAUUUGUUCACAAUAUUGUUCACUUUUAUCUGCUUUUAUUUGUAUGGAUUCGUUUUCAAAUUUCACUUCCACUCAGCACUUACAGAUGGGCUUAAAGCAUUUAUAGACAUGUACUAAAAAUACAGUUACAAGAUUAUGUGUGAUAUUUUAAAGAAUUAAAACAAUAUUGUGCUUUGCACAUAUUUAUAAAAUAUAGAGACUGCAUCCACCUUAAGCAAUGAUAUAGGCCUAUAAACAGCUUAUAUUUGUUCCUAUGUUUUUGUUUGAUUGUACUGUAUGUAUGUGUGUGUACAUCAUUAGAUAUAGUUUGAAAAUACAUUUUGUCCCAAAAGCAAGCAAAUUCUGACAAACCCCCCCCCUUUGGGUAAAAUAAGGGGCAUCCUCAUUUGGAAAAAACAUUUAAAUACAUUUAUAAAUUAGCUAUACUCAAGGGUUGGGGUUUGUCUAGUAAUUAUAAUUAAAUGUAUAUAAAAACAAUAGAGGUCUAUGGUAUGUCCUCAUUUAGAUAAGCGUGUGCGCUCACGUGUGUGUGUGUGUGU